CAUCCAGUGGAAUAACAAAAUUUAUCCAAUGAUCUGAGUGCAAUAUUGAUUUAACGCAGUGUGUGACAAAACUGACAUAAGAAAGCCGAGUGAAAUUCAACGAAAACAGAAGCAUUAUAAUUGUGCGAUAUUUUGUGUUUCAAUUGUGAAAAAAAAUUGAUUGUGUUCAUCUAAAGCGACGAAGAUUGUAUUUGUCAAGUGAAUCAAUUGUGAAGUUCAUUGUGUAGAAGGUAAAUAUACUCAAAUGUUUUCGGUCUGAAUGUUUGAAAACACAAAUUAAUAUUCUCUUGUUACAGUUUGAACAUCGGGAGAUUGUAAGUGGAAUUUUAACAAAACGGCUUCGGAAAAACUAAACUCGAAGGACCAACCAAAUUACGAGAGCAUGUAUCAGAAUCAAGGCGGACCGUACCCUCAGGGCGGGGCGUACCCGCAAGGUGGACCGUACCCGCAAGGUGGACCGUACCCACAGGGUGGAGGUUACCCGCAAGGUGGAGCUUACCCUCCAGGAGGAGCGUAUCCCCCGGGUGGAGCAUACCCGCAGGGCGGAUAUGCGCCCCCUCAGCCUGGCUUCCAACCUGCAUAUGGCGGCGCUGGUUACGGUGAACCGGGCUAUAUCCCACCGAACGACUCAGUCGGCGAAGAUGGCGAAGUCAAGGGUUUCGAUUUCACUGAAAAAUCUAUACGCAGGGCUUUCAUCCGAAAGGUGUACGCGAUCCUGAUGUGUCAGCUGAUGGUGACGAUGGGUUUCAUCGCUCUGUUCCUGUACCACCGACCGACCAAAGUCUGGGUGGCCCAAAAUCCCUUCAUGUUCUGGGUGGCCUUCAUAGUGCUGAUAGUCUGUCUCAUCGCGAUGGCGUGCUGUCCCGACGUGAGACGCAAAGCUCCGACGAACUUCAUAUUCCUGGCCAUCUUCACGGCAGCGCAGAGCUUCCUGCUCGGCAUUAGCGCAAGCGUCUACGAAGCGGAUGCGGUGCUGAUGGCAGUUGGCAUAACGGCGGCCGUGUGCCUGGGCUUGACUCUGUUCGCUCUGCAGACCAAGUGGGACUUCACCAUGAUGGGCGGCGUGCUGCUCUGCGCCACCAUCGUCCUCCUUGUAUUCGGUAUCGUGGCCAUAUUCGUGAAAGGUAAGGUCAUAACGCUCGUGUACGCGUCCCUGGGCGCUCUCAUAUUCUCCAUUUACCUCGUCUACGACACCCAGCUGAUGAUGGGGGGCAAGCACAAGUACAGCAUCUCGCCCGAGGAGUACAUCUUCGCGGCCCUCAACCUCUACUUGGACAUCAUCAACAUAUUCCUGUUCAUUCUGACCAUCAUCGGAGCUUCAAGAGAUUAGGCGUUUAGAUUUCUACUCAUGUUCCAUUUGAGACGAGAGUAUUAUGUAUUAAAACAACUUUUUUUUUCUUUUUGAUUUUCCAUUGUUAAAUGUAUUAAUUAAACUAAUACGAUAUUGUAAUAGUGUUUUCGUUUACGCAGAAAUAUGACGAUUACGUUGUGAUAAAUAAUUAAAUAUGUUUUUUUUUAAUAUUUUCACAUUGAAUUAUUUUCUUUAAUUUCGUAUGGCUCGGAUGUCUGUGCCUGCGAGUGAACAGCUGUCAUGAGCCGCGGCCAUUUUGUUUUUGUUCAAAGAGUAUUUAAUGUUGAUUUAUAUUAUGUUUGUUUCACUUUUAUAACUAGUUGUGAUGUUAAUUGCAUUUAUAAUGAGCAAUAAUCAUCGCCUAUCUACUUAACAAAUGAAUUAAGGAUUUUUAUUCAGAUUUUUUUUGGGUAAUAUCGGCAGUACAAGUAAUCUGGUUUUGACACAGAGACACGUUACACAACACUUAAGUUACAUUUUUAAUGACACGGGCAAUGAUAGUUUUGAAACACACCUUCGCGGUCAUAACCUAGAUAUGAAUAUCAAAAAGACCACAUUUAAAAAAAAAUAGAAAUCAAAUUUAGGUCUCAAAUCAAUUCGUAACUUUAGUAAUAAAAAACAUUCCUACCUACCGAUUACAUUAAGUCCUUAUAAGACUGAAUGUGGCUUAUAAUUCAUCCUAUAGUCACCAAUAACUACAAAAUUACGUUACAAUCUUAUAGUAUAAUGACUGACACAGUCAUUAUAGUGCCACAGUAGCUACCGACGCUAGGCCAAGAGCUCGACUCCCGCACAGUAAAAACAUUCAUAUGCCAAAAUAUUGUUUGCUGUCUAUGUAUAUAUAUAUAAAGGAAUAUCAGUGUUUGUACAAGUACAGGAAAUCCUAGUUUAGGGAAAUGUUGUGACCUCGAUUACAGCUGAUAAUUUCGGAACUGCCAAAAAUUACCCAAAAAAAAUCACGAAUAAUCAGUUUCACUGUAUUAAUGUUGGAAUAUAAUAAAUUUCAAUAUGCAUUACGAAUAACGUUUAAGGUUGCUUCGAACUAUAUAUAAUAUGAUAAUUAUAAUUAUUAAUGUUGUAGUUUAAAAACGAUUUGUGUCUUUGAGAACAAACACUAUGUAGAUUGACUGAAUUUAUUAAAUAUGAAAUGCUUGAGAAAAUAGUUUUUUUUAAUAGUGUUAUUCGUAAAAUAACCACACUUUCGAGUCAAAUAAAUACAUAAUAAACAUAAUUGAGUGCUUUAUUAAAAACUUAUUAUAAUAUUCGUAAUUAACUUCAAAUGUUUAGUAGCAGUAUUGCCAAGGUCAAAGCCACGCUGUUUUUUAAAAAUAAAACACGUUAUGCUGUUAAUAUACACGUUUUGCGGUGGCAACCCUAGUGAUAACAGUAGAUAUUAAGAAAAACACUCAAGUAUUUUCAGACACUUCCAACACAGACGUUUGACAUUUAUAAAAUUAUUCAUUGAGUUUGAAAGCGCAAAAAAAAAUUAUGCUGUUUUCUACAUACACUGUUAUAAAUUAAUAAAAGCGUUAUAAAAAUGUAGCAGCUCUUGUGGAAUAUUAAUAAGCUUAUUACUGUAGUACUAUACUAUAGUGACGUUAAUAUUAGUGUUCUAGAAAUAAUUAAAGUAUACCAAACUUAUUUUCUGCGAUCCGGUAAUCACAUUUCCGAAAUUCGAACAAAAAUAGGAUACGACCAUUUAGUGAUGAUCCUUCGUGAGCACGCCUGCCUUACUCGAGACUAUGGCGUCGUCGUAAGCGAACAACGGAAUGAAACUACCUACAAACACAUAAGUCCUAUGUGAUUACGUUAGCGAAGCGAUGCUAUAAUAUAAUCUAUGACAUUUAUAAUUUUAUUUUUAGUUUUUACACAACAAUAUUAAUUCUUAAAACGUUUAUCGCUACAAAAUGGAAACGAACAUUAUAAAAAAUUCAAAUAUAUUUUCUAGUCACAUUUUCAUAUUAUUCUCAUACGUGUUGUACUUUUGAUCAGAAAUAAGUUGUAUGUUUCGCUUCGCUUCGCAUCUCAUCGCAUCGCAUCGUAUCAUUCCAUCAUUCGCUUUAGCUAAUUAGAUUUCAGAGUUUUGUACCUAUGGACAAUUGAACAAUUCCAAAUUUUUCUAAUCGUUUCACAUCCUGCAAGCCGUUAACAGUAUAAAAAAUUACAGAAUAAGAUUGGAAUUCGUGUGUAUUUAAUGUUAGUAUUACUUAUGUAGGUAAUGACUAAGCAAAGUAAAGCGGAAAGAAGCUCGGCUGUAGUCAUCUAAAUUCAGCUUAAUUGAACCUAUUGUUAAGGUCUAAUCUCGCGUAUUCUAAUCAUGUUAUGUCCGACGUAUUAUUUCCGUUUGCAAUACUUACAGUUGUCGUGGUCACAGCCGAAAUCGGCUCGGAAAUAACAAUAAUAAUAUGAUGACAAUAAAAAAGUUCGAGAUUAAAACGUAAAAGUAGUUUUUAAGUCUUUAAGACUCGCGAUGACAAUUCAAAAUUCAGCUUUGUAUAGUAUCUUGGGUCAUACAAAUGUAUUUAUUACGAAAAGUAAACGGGUAUGGGCUACUUAUAAUAUUCACACAGACCGGAUCAUAUACGUUUGGAAUUGGCCGGACCGGAGCCGCCAAUUAUUUUACAUAGACCACCUGGAAGAGAUCUGAAAGCGGUUGUGCACGCAACCGGAGCCGAUCAGCCACGCGAGCGAGAAAGAGCGCGCAAUCGGAGCCGGUCGGCUAACCGAGCGAGAAAGAGCGCACAAUCGGAGCCGGUCGGCUACCCGAGCGAGAAAGAGCGCGCAAUCGGAGCCGGUCGGCUACCCGAACGAGAAAGAGCGCGCAAUCGGAGCCGGUCGGCUACGCGAGCUAGAAAGAGCGCGCAACCGGAGCCGGUCGGUUACGCGAGCGAGAAAGAGCGCGCAAUCGGAGCCGGUCGGCUAUGCGAGCGAAAAAGGGCGCGCAAUCGGAGCCGGUCGGCUCCUCUUAUUAUUUCACACGCAGCGCGUUCAAGCAUUCUUAAUGAAAAAAAAGUAUACAUGCAAAAAUAAAAUUUACUACAAUUACUCAAAACUCUGCUUCCAACGUGAUAAAAAUCUGCUCUCCUCUCCGAGCCGGUCUGUGUAAACGGACCCUAAGCCUCAAGAAAUGGCAACAUUAUCGUCCUUGUCGCGCAUGUGUGACGCAAACGGUAAACGCAGUUUAUGUUCUACUUAAUAUUUAUGAUGACGUAUUAUUCUUAAAAUAAAUCGUUUUUUUUUUUUACGGCGCUGGCAAUGUGUCGAUGAGUGCGACAAUUUUGGACUGAAAGCAAUUUUGUCAUUGAAAGUUCGGUAUCGGUCACGUGCUGACUUCAGUUUCGCGCUAACUUACCGUUUAUACAUGUUCCUGUCGCAUGAGCAGUGUCGACGUCGGUUGCGCUUAAAAAUAUAUAUUUUUAUAGGUACCUAUAUGUAGUGUAUUUAAUCGAAUGUAUUCUCAAAGAAAAAAAAGUUUAAUACUAUUAAAACCUUCGAAUAACGUUCACGUAAAAUUCAGAGGAUUGUAAACCAUUAGGUACAUAAAAUAUUAUGGCUCUGUUUACGAGCUUAUUGCACUGUAACGUUUAUACUAAUAGAGUUUCGUGCUUUUGAAACAGUAUCUUGACGGGAUGCUUUUUACGUGGACGAUAUUAGGUAUCAGAACUACUAUUAUAAUAUUAUAAUGCUAAGCUAUUUGUCGUACCUACCUUUCAGAGUUCUAAACUAUAAGGUUUCUAAUUUCAUAUUUUCUUUAGUCUGUCUAUGUGAAGUUUUCUUAUUUUCUGUAAUUUAAAAUUAAAUGUAAUACACAAUA